AUGUCGGUGGGACAGUUGAAAGAAUUCGCGGUAAACAGUGGAAACUGGUCCUCAUAUGUUGAGAGAUUGGAAAUGUACUUUUUGUCGUUCUUCGGGCGCACGUACAACAACCUGUCGUCGAUCUCCGAGUGCAAGAACAACGGCGAGUGCGUCAUCAACAAGAAGAACAGGACGGCGUGCAAGGCGUGCCGCUUACGGAAGUGCCUUCUAGUCGGAAUGUCCAAGUCCGGCUCUCGGUACGGCAGGAGGUCCAACUGGUUCAAAAUCCACUGCCUUCUCCAAGAGCAACAGCAUCAACAGAUGCAGCACAUACAAAAUAGAAAAUCUCCACCGACUUUCAACACCUCCAUGAAUGCAUCUUUCUUGCCCACAAACUUGCUUCCGGCUGCCGCCCUCGCAGAAUAUUACAAAAAUUCAGAAAAGAAUCCCUUCACAGAAGAUGUGAUGCGGCAGAGUGUUUCACCUUCAGAUUCCGGAGCAUCUUCCGCGGACCCCGAAGAUGACAACAGUUCAAGAAGCACUAGUGGCUUGAGCAUCUUCCGACCGGCAUCGUCACCGCUUAGCGAUAAAGAUGUCAGAUUACAGGCCAUUAGGAAUCAAAGUAAAGAUGUCAAAAAACGAAAACCAGCCUUGCCCUCUCCGUUCAGUUCUAUGUCAGCAUCACCAAGCUUUUCACCCAGACCUUUCCUUCCAGUGAUGCAAAGACCGAUUCCACCGGCGGCCACCACGUGGUCGAACAGAAAUGGUGGCGACUUGCUCCUACACUCGCCAGCCGUCGCGGGGGUGGCGAUAGAUCAAGACCAACCGAUUGAUCUAUCCAUCAAAUCGACCGCAGUGCUAAUUAGAAGCCCCAAAAAUGACGAAGUGAGCGACUCAGAGCCCGAACUGAGCAUCGACUUGAGCGAAUCAAGCAAAGACAUGAUGAAGAAUCCUCUGGACCUUUCUCUUGUUCCCAAAAGGAAUGAAGAGCUUCCAUUAACUGGUUGAGCUACUCUAACCGGGGACCCGAUGUCAUCAUAAUGAUGUGUACAUAGUUAGCUUCUUAUCGUAUAAUAUAGAAUACUCUGCCAUACAGUAUUUAAGAUCUGUACAUUCCUUCUCUUCCUACCUGACGUGUUUUACGAUACUCAAGUGUCUGAUUAAGUUGUAGACAGUUGACGGCAUUGUGCUUACGAGUAACAUGUCCUGAAAUUUUCCUUUAAGUAGAUAGGUUUCACAAGCUGCACCAUGCUAAACUAAUUACUGUACCAUUUGUAAUUGUACAACAAGAAGUAGCAAGUGCUCUUGCGGUCGUUAUUGUGAUUCCGUUAGACAUACAUACAUAUUUAUGUAAAUAUGUGUAAGUGAAUUUGUGAAAACUUGAAAUACUCUCGUUAAUAAAUAAAUACUAUCAUUUUAACCAAACAAGCCAAUGCUCACAUCGCCCGGGAGGUUAAUAUGAAUUAAAAGAAACCAUUGGGAUAUGGCGAGUUUUGAUAUGUAAAUUAAAAUUAUGUAUUUUAUAAAAUCUUUAUUAAAAACGAGAGAAUUUCAAGAGCACUAAAUAAAUACUAGAAUAAGUGUCAUGUAAUGUGCCAGUGUUAAGUGCCAGUUUUUACCAGAUUUUAGUUAUUUAAAAAUGGGAUUAAGGCCAGUUGUAAUGAAGCUCAAAAUUAAAUGUACAAAAAUAAUUGUUAUGAAUAUAUUAUGAUGUAAAAAUUAAUUUCAUUAGCGGAAUUAUAAGUAUUUAUUUUUAGUGUAGGCCAGUUUAAUCAGUCAUUAAGUUUUAUAAUUUAUGAUUAUUUCUGGAUGAGUUUUUUAACACGAUUUUAAACAUGGCUCCUGAAUUAAAGAGUCUCAAAGAGUCGGUUGUUGAAGUUCAUGUGACAUUCUCAGAUUUAGUUUAAUCGUAUUGCUUGCUACCUGCGUUGCGUUGCGUUGCGUUGCGUGUUAUAAUAUUGUUGUUUGUUGCUAGUAUAGUUGUUGGAGAUUUUUAUUCAUUCCUUUGAAAUGUUCAUGCCAAUACUAGAUACGUAAAAUGUGAAUUUUUAAUAGGUAGAUCUAAGACUAGGACCAUUUCAAGUUAUAU